AUGGCCACUUCAAGCAUUCUCACUCCUCUCAAAGAGCUCAAAGUCGCCAAACAUCAGAUCCCAGCACAUGGCUUGACACCAAACACAUCCAUCCAGAACAAACCUCUGCUGCUAUAUAGAAAUGCAUUCAAGAUGAGCACUAGUGCAAGUCAAAUCGAAGAACAUCUAAGCAAGGUCGGUGUAGUAGACCCAGCAUGGAGGUAUACUAUGUAUUCGACGUCACACUUCCACAGCACUUCACACGAAGUGCUCGCCAUCAGCCAUGGAGAAGCCAAACUCUGCUUCGGGCAUGAAGACAACCCAAGCCGGGUGGAAGAAACCUUGAAGCAAGGAGAUGUAGUCGUCGUGCCUGCAGGUGUAGCUCACAGAUUGCUAGAAGACCUCAAGGGAGGAUUUGAGAUGGUAGGAUCAUAUCCUAGGGGAUUAAGUUGGGAUAUGUGUUAUGGGAAGAAAGGGGAGGAGAGCAAGAUUAAAGGGAUUGAGAAAUUGGGAUGGUUUGAGAGGGAUCCGGUGUAUGGAGAGGAAGGGCCUGCCACGGAGGUUUGA